AUGCUUCGCCAGCACCAGCACCAGCACCAACACCACCAGCGAGGUCGUAUGGACAGCGCCAGCAGCACCCACUCGACUCCCUCCGACUCCUCCGAAUCCUCUCCCUCUUCGACCACCUACACCAACUCGUCGCUGCACGAGUCGACGCGCCCCAGAGGCCUUCCCCCCUCGCCCAUUGAAGUCCGCAGCGCCGCCCUCCCUCGAAAACCCAUCCCCAGCCCGUUGCAGCAGUCGUCCCUCUAUUCGUCUGUCGACACCUCAGACGACACCGCAAUAGGCUCGCCGCGCUCACCCAAAUUCUCUCAGCCCUCCUAUCACGACGGUCCACGCUCACCCCGCGAGAAGCUCGACGCUUUUCUGGCCGAGGAGGACCGUCCACUCUCUCCCGCAUCCACGCCCACGCCCACGCCCUCGACCUCCAAUACCCAUCCUUCUUCCCGUCUGGUCGCUGCGCAUCGAGCUGGCACUACUCAGCCUGUGCAGCUCUCGUCGCAUGCCCAACCACGAAACGUCUCCGCUCCCGUCCUGUCCUCGGCCACGGUGUCGCCUCCCUCCUCUCCAGCCGCGAUGCCCCCUCCAUCGCGGCCAAGCAGACCAGACACUCACCCCACCGCUCCGCGCAACCAUUCCAUAGAUUCUCAAGUCUCGUCUCUGUCUUCGACUUCGCAGAACUACAGGGCCAACGCGGGCCACCAACCUCGACCUUCUCAGGAUGCGGCUCCCUCGCAACCCCCGGACAUGGCCAGCCUCAUUGCAGCGGCAGGCUCGCCCGAGGCUGCGCUGCUUGCCAUGUGGAAGGAGAAGCAGAGCGCUUCCAACCACAAUGCCCAGCUCUGGCGCUUGGUGGAGAAACAGAGGGCCAUGAUCCUGGGCUUGAAUAAAGAUCUCGAACGAGCACUCAAGGACAAGGAUCGCUACCGGAAGAAACUCAAAGACUAUGUCAACCAGGUGCCACCCGUUCCCGGUGCACCCAAGAGGACAGACACCUUUGACUCUGCCGUGGAACGCGGAGAGACACCCUCCCCUGCCCCGAGCGAGAGGCAGGACGACUCUGCACAGACCCAACCAGCCGCUAGGGGUGUGGAGCACAAGACAUCGCCCCUGAUCCAAGGUAGCACCGCAUCGCAAACAUCUGACGGGACACAGAUGCCUUCACAAUCUGAAGGUGCAGGACCGGUACCAGCGUCUUCCACCGAGCCGCCCACCCGAGAGCUUCCUUCUCCGCCGCCCGACACCGCUCAUGCAGGCUUAGGAUUAGGGACGAUAGGGGAAAAUACAGAGCCGCAAGCAGAUUCUACCACACCCACCGAAUCGCCUGUGCAGCAGGAACCGGGCGCAUCUACCAAGUCGGCUGACGCGCUCAAAGCCCCUGCAAUCUCACUGGCGCAGGCUGCUCCUGCUUUGUCACUAACACAAGCCACUCCUGUUCUAGGUGGCGAUGGCUUUGACACUCCUACCAAACCUUCGCAUACGCUGCGGAAAGCACCACCAGCCCCUCUCAAUCUCUCGAAGCCUUCAAAGACCAGCGCACAUCUUUAUCAGCCUCCGCCAGGCGAGCAGUCCGACGACGACGACGAUUACGACGACACUUUGGAGGUGGAUGAGAUACCUAUUGUUGAAAGAGGGAGGAGGAAGACCCGCGAGGAGGACGAUCGCGUACGGGAAGCGAUGAUGAUGAAGGAUGAGGAGGCUCGCAGCAAGUCGAAGAAGAAGAAGAGCGAAAGCAAAAACAAGUCGAAGGCUGCAACCGAAGAGCCUGUUGAGGAGAGCGAACAGGCCAAGUCGGCCACUGCGUCUCUGUCACCACGAAUGUUCAGCCCACAAAUGUCUGGCUUGCCCCUGUCUCCACGUCAUCCCCCUGCACACUCACUCAACGCUCUGUUGAGUCCGACAAACUCUGACAGCUCCAUGAUGGCAAACAGAAGCGUCAGCAGCAUAUCAUCGCCUCUGAUGAGCCCAGGACUCCCCACAAGUCCUCGUCCUGGUGAUAGACCUUUGGGAUCGCCGUUACCCAGAAACCCCCGACAAGGUCUAGCCUCGCCACCUAUGUCUCCCAGAUCGGGUGUCAACGGCAUCGCUCCACGUCCACCUCGACAGCCAAUCCCACUUCCACCCAAUACGCCACAGUCUUACACGUCGCCGCAGGUAAUCAAGGAACAGCAGAACCAAGUGAAGCAGCAGGUUUCAUCAUCUGACCUUCUGAGACCUCCUAACGCUCAGCCUAGCCCUGGAAUGGACCACACUCAAGGGGAGACAAACUCUGAAUUCAUCUACCGCGGCUUGGUCUCAGACCAAUAUCCUGGUUUGCUGCUCCCUCCCAACGCCCUGCCCUCCAUCGAUGUAAAGGUCUUCUCUUCCCGUUUGCGGCCGUCUAGAUUGAGCUUCCUGGCACCGAAACCGCAAGAGGAGGACCCCGUCUUCAUUCUUGCAAUCUACGCCCGCUCGGAUGGGAAGCAGCUUUGGCGUGUGGAAAAGACCAUCAUGGCACUGCCUGCACUCGACUCGCAGUUGAAGUCGCUCUGCGAGUUUGCUGGGAAACUUCCGGACCGCGCUUUAUUCAGUGGCCACGCACCCGCAAAGAUGGAUGCUAGGAGAGCCGCCCUUAAUACCUAUUUCGACAUGAUGCUUGAGACGCCCAUGAGUGAGAAGGCAGCGCUAGUGGUCUGCGAGUUUUUCUCCACGGAUGUCAUUGGUGCGCAAAACGACGAUGCCCUGGCUCCAGAACCUGCUGCUGCCCAGAACACAGCGGGACCGAAACCAAAGCAGCGGAAGGAGGGCUAUCUCACGAAACGCGGGAAGAACUUCGGAGGGUGGAAGGCGCGCUAUUUCGUGCUCGACGGGCCCGAGUUCAGGUACUAUGAACAGGCAGGGGGCGCUCAUCUAGGCACCAUCAAGCUCCAGAAUGCGCAAAUCGGAAAGCAGUCGCAGCAGCAGACCAACCAGUCGCCUCAACGGCGCGAUGAUUCGGAAGACAAUCAGUACAGGCAUGCUUUCCUCAUCCUGGAACCCAAGCGCAAGGACUCUUCGAGUUUGGUCCGGCACGUACUGUGCGCCGAAAGCGACGCGGAGAGAGAUGCAUGGGUCGAUGCUCUGCUACAGCAUGUGGACUGGCAAGAGGAACACUCCCCUACUGAGGCUCAACCGGCGGCUGCUCGCAACACCCAGAGCAAAAGCCACGGGCAUGAUCAACAGCAUGCGAACAGAAAGGACAGUCCCGAAGUGAACAAGGCAGACAAGGUGCAAGGGCUCAGUUACGAGGAUACUGUAGCAGCAGAGGCUCCAAUCCGUGGACCGCCGCUCCAGAGUCACGCGAGCUCUCCCAAAACUUCGUCAUUCUCAGAAAGUGGGCACCUUCCUACUAUUUCAGGACCCACCAACGGUGCGCCCAUUCAGAAUGCCGAGUCUUGGGGCAAUAAGCUGGCUGCCCCGACCAGUGUCAAGGACAAGAAGCGGAGUAUCUUUGGUUUCAGAGGGCGCGUGUCUUCCGACCUUGCCCCUGUGCAAGCCGCAAAUCAGCAAUCUCAACAGCAAGUUCUCGACCGUGGUCCGCAGCAGAGUCGCAAUAUUUUCGGCAUACCUCUUCAGGAAGCGGUCGACUACUCGCAACCUAUUGGAGUCAAUGUUCAGCUCCCGUCUGUCGUGUAUCGAUGCUUGGAGUAUCUAAAGGUCAAGAAAGCCUACCAGGAAGAGGGCAUUUUCCGGUUGAGUGGUUCCAACAUUGUAAUCAAGGGCUUGCGGGAUCGCUUCAAUAACGAAGGCGACGUCAAACUUCUCAGUGGAGAGUAUUACGAUGUACAUGCCGUCGCGUCUCUCCUCAAGCUCUACCUUCGCGAGCUUCCAUCUUCCAUCUUGACACGGGAACUUCACAUCGACUUCCUCAAAGUACUUGAUAUGGAUGAGCGCACGAAGAAGAUUCAGACGUUCAAUGUCCUUGUGCACAAGUUGCCUAGGGUCAACUUUGAGCUUCUCCAGGCCAUGUCCUCCUUCCUCAUCCAGAUCGUCGACAACGCUGCCCAGAACAAGAUGACGGUGCGAAACGUGGGCAUCGUAUUUGCCCCUACCUUGAACAUCCCGGCACCCCUCAUCUCCAUGUUUCUGACGGACUUUCCGGAAAUCUUCGGCAUGCCCGUCGACGAGACCAGCUCGCCCAUCCAUGAGAUCCACGUGACCACUCCUCCUCUUGGGGACGAGGCAAUCCGCUCGCCCCGCCACCAAAUGUUCUCGGACCUCCCCACGCCCGCCUACAACCAAACCUCCUUCCAAUCGCAGGACAGACCGCCGGUGUUCCCGAUGGGCGCCUCCCACGCCUCGUCCUUGCAGCCACCUCCACACCAACAAUCUCACGCCAGCUACGACACGGGCUUUAUCCCACUACGGCCGAGCUAUGACGCCCCGAUGUACGAGCAGCACUACCAAGGCGAUGGUGGGUACGGCAGUCUCACUGCGUCAUUGCAGCCGAAUAGUGGUAAUUCGAAGGAGGCGAGGCAGGCGAGGCGAGAGAGUGGAAUGCUGCUUAUGAAUAUGGGGAUGCAGAAUCCACCCAGGAAGGGAUCGAAUCCCCGGAUGAGGAUCGAUGAGGAGCGCAAUCCGAGGAUGGUGAGAGAGGAGACGGCGUUUGACUAG